GUACACUCAGCAUGAAGCGCGCUAAGCAAACGCGUGGAGAGCUUAAAUUUCAACGACUAAUUACAAAUAUCUAUUCGCGAAACAUACUCAGUGCAAGAAAGAUAUUCUUAGGAGAAAUUUUCGGUGCACCUGAAUCAUUAGUUCAGAUACAAAGGUUGAGAGAAGAUGUAACCGGUUCGGGCUAGUGAACUCUAAACCUAGUGAAAAUCGCUGAGACUAGCGUUCAAUAACUUUCUGGUAUCAUUAAAAGUGCAAUACUCGCGUAAUUCUUCAAUCCGAGCUUAAAGGUCAAUUGAUUGGGUGACCUAAGCUGAUUGUUUGUUAUCAGUUUGUAAUAUUUUGAAUACAAUUUGUGAUAAGCUGGACACCGGCUGAGCAUCAAUAUCGAGGCUCCCUUGGAGGAUUGAUGCAGAUGCAGUUUACAUUCUGAAGUGGACCAGAAAGGUAAUUCGUAUCAGCGUCCGUAACAGUUUGAAAUUUUCCGCGGAAGAUAUUGUUUGGUUUGAUACUUAGUGCGUGAAAUCCAUUCAUGAUGAUAAGCAAUUGGAGGUUAAGAUGGAUGAAGGCUGUUGAUAGUAAUUUUACACAAACCGGAGCGUCGGCGGCUCUUAUUAAUGACAAUCCGAAAACUGUACGAAUAUUUGGAAGUACUUCUCUACAAUGUGAUAAAAAUGAAGAUGCUGUAUCGGAUGCAUCGUCAUUUAUUGUAAAUCGUUCAGAUGACAGAGAGACAACCAGCAAUCUUGAAGAUCUCGCGAAAAACAUUAAAUGGACCGAUGCCGUACCACAGAUAAUUGCAUCUGUGAUUGCGUGCUUAACUGUCAUCCCAGCUGGAAUAAACAUGGCUUAUUCCGCGAUAUUAUUACCUCAACUGCAGGAGCCGUCAAGCCCAAUCCCAAUCACAAAACAUGAAGCAUCUUGGAUAGCAAGUUUAGUCACAAUAUCGUUACCACUUGGUUCCUUGGCGGUUGGGCCCCUGAUGGACCGAUUCGGACGUAAAGCUUUACUAAUUGCAACUUGCAUCCCAUUUUUCGCUUGCUGGUUACUUAUCGGCACAGCCAAAGGAAUAUAUACAAUUUAUAUUGCACGAGUAUUAGCUGGGGCAUCUGCAGGACUGACAACCGUGGCGUUGGUGUACACCAGUGAAGUAACGCAUCCUAAAAUGAGGCCAAUGCUUUUGGGAUUGAACAGUGUAUUCGUGUCCUUUGGAAUAUUAUUAACUUGCUUUCUAAGUUUAUUUUUCACCUGGCGAACUAUUGCGUUCAUCUUUGCUGGAAUUAGCGGAGCUAGUAUCUUUUGCCUUCUACUUUUGCCCGAAUCACCUUAUUGGGUAAUAACUUUCCGUGAGAAUCAGUUGGAUCUGGCCAGAAGGUCGAUCAGAUGGAUCUAUAAAGACGCAAGGGUCAGUGAAUAUCAUCUUUCAACGAUAAUCGAAUCGAAGCAAGGACAAGGGUAUCAACCCGUCAACAAAGACCAAGUGCAACCGAAAAGCGGAUUCAGUAUUUACUUAGAACCUAGAGUGUAUAAGCCACUUUUGAUGCUACUUUUCUUGUUCCUAUUUCAACAACUGUCUGGGGCCUACGUAAUUAUAUUUUAUGCCGUCAAUUUGUUUUUGAAAAUCGGUGGCAAUUUUGGCGAGGGACUCGACGAAUAUGGUGCCUUACUAUUGCUUGGAGCGAUACGAUUUAUCAUGUCAAUCGUGGCGUCUGGAUGUUCCAGAAAAUUUGGACGUCGUCCAUUAAUGAUUAUCUCAGGACUAGGAAUGACAAUAAGCACCCUCACUGCCGGACUCUACAUGUACUACAUGGAGCUAAUCGAUCAAAAGCAUAUCAAAGACACCGGAGUCCUGCCAGGAAAAUCCGACGACUUGUUCCUCCUGAUAUGUCUACUUGCCUACGUGUGCAUGGGUGCUCUUGGAAUUUUGGUGAUUCCAUGGACCCUCAUUGGUGAAGUCUUGCCCACCGAAGUCAAAGGAAAGCUGGGUGGCUUCGUUAUUUCAGUUGCUUAUGUGAUGAUGUUUGCAGUUGUGAAAGUAUUCCCAUUUACUAUGGACCUUUUUGGUGUACAGGGUAUUUUCUAUUUAUUCGCAACCACUAGCUUUCUAGGGGUUGCUUACGCGUAUAUUUUCCUACCUGAAACAUUUGGUAAAAGUUUUAGUGAAAUUGAAAGAUUUUUCACGCGAUAAUUUACAUUUUGUAUGGUGCUUGUACGUUAGUGGUUAGAUUAUGUAAGCUAAAAGUAUUAAUAUUUAAUACAUUCAUUUCAUGAUAUUUUA